UUGGGGAUUUAACAUGGCGGCGGCAGUGGCCGCGGUGGCGGCGGCGUAAGAGAGUUGAGGGCCGUGUGAGGGUUCGGAAUUCCGAGUCGAGCAGCUCGGCCGCGAGCGACUGCAGCGCCGAGCCGAUGAGUAACUCGAGGCCCCAAGAGGAGACGUCACCUGCCCGAGGGCACUUCUAGCACAGCCAGCAUCAAACCAGGCCUGCUGAUAGGAGCCCGAGUCCGCACCCUCGUGGUGCCCAGAGCCUCAGCACCAUGUUUGGGAAGAAGAAGAAGCGGGUAGAAAUCUCAGCGCCAUCCAACUUUGAGCACCGCGUGCACACGGGCUUUGACCAGCACGAGCAGAAGUUCACGGGGCUGCCCCGCCAGUGGCAGAGCCUCAUCGAGGAGUCGGCCCGCCGGCCCAAGCCCCUGGUGGACCCCGCCUGCAUCACCUCCAUCCAGCCCGGGGCCCCCAAGACCAUCGUGCGGGGCAGCAAAGGCGCCAAGGAUGGGGCCCUCACGCUGCUGCUCGACGAGUUCGAGAACAUGUCGGUGACGCGCUCCAACUCCCUGCGGAGAGACAGCCCGCCGCCACCGGCCCGAGCCCGCCAGGAAAACGGGAUGCCCGCAGAGCCGGCCCGCGCGGCCAGAGGGGCCCCAGAGAAGGCGGGCGGCCAAGGCCGGGGCGCCAGUCGCAGCGAGGCUGGCGGCAGCAGUGGUGACAGGCGGCGGGUGGGGCCAGAGAAGAGGCCCAAGCCUUCCAGGGAGGGCUCGGGGGGACCCCAGGAGUCCUCCCGGGAUAAACGCCCCCUCUCCGGGCCUGACGUCGGCACCCCCCAACCUGCCGGGCUGGCCAGUGGGGCAAAAGUGGCAGCUGGCCGGCCCUUUAACACGUACCCGAGGGCUGAUACGGACCACCCGUCCCGGGGCGCCCAGGGGGAGCCUUACAACCUGGCCCCCAACGGGCCGUCGGCAGGGUCUCGGGCUGUCCCCCAGUCCUCCUCCUCCUCCAGGCCUCCCACCCGAGCCCGUGGACCUCCCAGCCCAGGAGUGCUGGGCCCCCACGCCUCCGAGCCCCAGCUGGCCCCCCCGGCCCGCCCUGUCGCAGCCCCCACCGCCCCCGCUGCCCCCGGGCCCCCCGGGCCCCGCUCGCCACAGCGGGAGCCACAGCGAGUGUCCCACGAGCAGUUCCGGGCCGCCCUGCAGCUGGUGGUGGACCCCGGCGACCCUCGCUCCUACCUGGACAACUUCAUCAAGAUCGGCGAGGGCUCCACGGGCAUCGUGUGCAUCGCCACCGUGCGCAGCUCGGGCAGGCUGGUGGCCGUCAAGAAGAUGGAUCUGCGCAAGCAGCAGAGGCGCGAGCUGCUCUUCAACGAGGUGGUGAUCAUGCGUGACUACCAGCACGAGAACGUGGUGGAGAUGUACAACAGCUACCUGGUCGGGGAUGAGCUCUGGGUGGUGAUGGAGUUCCUGGAGGGCGGCGCCCUCACCGACAUCGUCACCCACACCAGGAUGAACGAGGAGCAGAUCGCCGCUGUGUGCCUGGCCGUGCUGCAGGCCUUGUCUGUGCUCCACGCGCAGGGCGUCAUCCACCGCGACAUCAAGAGUGACUCCAUCCUGCUCACCCACGACGGCAGGGUGAAGCUGUCAGACUUUGGGUUCUGUGCCCAGGUGAGCAAAGAGGUACCACGGAGGAAGUCACUGGUCGGCACGCCCUACUGGAUGGCCCCAGAGCUCAUCUCUCGCCUCCCCUAUGGGCCAGAGGUGGACAUCUGGUCUCUGGGGGUGAUGGUGAUCGAGAUGGUGGACGGGGAGCCCCCCUACUUCAACGAGCCACCCCUCAAAGCCAUGAAGAUGAUUCGGGACAACCUGCCACCUCGACUGAAAAACCUGCACAAGGUGUCCCCGUCCCUGAAGGGCUUCCUGGACCGCCUGCUGGUGCGCGACCCGGCCCAGCGUGCCACGGCGGCCGAGCUGCUGAAGCACCCGUUCCUGGCCAAAGCGGGCCCACCCGCCAGCAUCGUGCCCCUUAUGCGCCAGCACCGCACCAGAUGAGGCCCCGCGCCCUGUCCCUGAACCAAAGAGCCCCCGGGGUCACCCCCCACCCUGCCGCAGGCCAGUAGGGGGCCGGCCCCCACUCCUCAGCCCGGGAGACACUCCAUGUGGCACCGCCCUUCUUGCUGGGGGUGGGGGGUGCAGGACCCUACUACUGAACUCCAGUUUUGAUUUUGUGACUUUUACAAAAACACAAGGACUCGUGGGGGCACGUGAGGGUCCCGGAACCCCCAGCUUUGGGGACGGGCCCCCCGUGUGUCUUCCUGUCUCCAGGAAGGAUGGGCAGCCCCCCAUCACUGGAAAUCAUCUGCAGUGGGGGCUGCGGUGGGUGGAGAGAACACUACAAAAGGUGUGUGUGUGUCUGCGUGCGUGUGUGUGCAUGCACGCAGGUGUGCAUGUGUGUGCGCGUGUGCAUGUGCAGAAGGUCCACCCGCUCUGUCCUCCAGCCUGUGACUGGGCGUCUCAGAGACCUUGCCUAACAUACAGCCCCCUGUCCCCCCCCCUGAGCCAUUGCGGGGGGCGAUCAUGAAUGUCUGAAGAGUGGCCUUUUCCCCAAGUCCCGCACCCCCUUUCUGUGGCUGGAUGGGGAGACAGGGGUCAGGGCCUCCCGCCCGUCCCCAGCCUCUGCAGAGGACGACUACUGCGCCUGGACAGCCUCCUCUUUUCUAGAAGUCUAUUUAUAUUGUCAUUUUAUAACACUCUGGCCCCUGCCCCGACUCGGGACGGAUGGUCCCUGCCCGGCGGGGCGGCACCAGGGACAGAACCACCACUUGAAGAAUCAGGUUCCUGUUCCCUUGGAGCAGCCCCACCCUCCCCUCCCUCAAGUUAGUUUUACAAUUAAAAUGUUCUCUUGUUU